AUGGUUGUCAAGGAGUGCGCUAAGGACGUCUGCACGGGCAAGAUCAUCGCUUCUGGUGCUAAUGCUUCCAUCGAAAUACGACAAGUCGAGACGGUGGUGAGCAAGUCGCCUGGCAGGAACCUCGAGGUCGUUCUACCCUCGGUGCACAAUUUACCUGUGGGGGCUGUAGUUUCGCUCAAAUCCCGACACGCCCGUCAGGGGAAAGCGUCGGUGAUCAGCAAGAGUAUGGAUGGUUUACAGGAGUAUUUGGUCCCAUUGAACAGCGUAUGUGAAUUUGCCGACAACAGUACUUGA